AAUCAAUGCGGAAAGAAAAAAUUAAAAACAAAACAGUUAGGCCAGCUAUAUAUUAAUAAAGUCGUCCGAUUUAAUUUAAUUAGCACAGCAACUAUAAAUUUUAAAAUGCUGGCGUAUACCGAAUAGGAACCAAUAUGAUGAAAAACAACGGAAAGCCUAUAUUGACUUUGCACAAAAACCCACACAACAUUUUUUAAAUUCAACACUAUCUUGUUGGUAUUAAGAGAGGCGUAUAGAUUUCAACAUCAAACAAACAUUACUUUAUGAACUCACAUAAGUUUGUGAACGGCUUUUGUGUACAUAGGAAACCUAAUUCAUGGAUUUAAUCUUACAAAGCGAGAAACCUUGCUGGUCCAGUUGAUAUUAAAAUUCGUGUAAUGAACGAUAACUCUUGCGCUGUUCCUUCGCAACGAAUUACCCGCCCGAAAGCUGUAUAAUAACCUGAUUGUGCGUUAAUAAAAACUUGCCCAUUGAUUCAUCUCAGUUUGCUGGCAGCCUCCGACUGGCGAAGUUGGAAAAAAUUAUCUCUAAAAUCUUAGCCUCCGAUCAUGAGGACCUUAUUCCACCCAGAAUUUAUUACACGGUUUUUAGUUUCCACUUUAGCGAUUUGUGAGAUUUGUGCGAUUUCUUUGCCCCAAGAAUAUGAUUAUGAACAUGACGAUGAUGAAGAUUUGGGUCUCGAACGACCUGAAAAUCUUGAAGAGCGAACCACAUCGGGACCAGAAAAAAAAGAUAAGUUCUUGAAUCUGAGUGGGUUGAAUACGUGCGGCUUGCGUUCCAUUGGUCAGGAGACUUUUCCCACCAACAAAACUUUCCAAACACAAUUCGGCGAUAGUCCAUGGAUGGCAGCUAUUUAUGCCGAUGGGAUAUAUGUAGCCGCAGCCACUUUGAUCCGAAACGAUGUAGUGAUCACUGCCGCGUAUCCGAUUAAGAACACACCGGAGGAUCAAAUUUCUGUGGUGGCUGGCGAUUGGGAUCGACUCAGAACGGUGGAGAGCAAACCGCAUUACAGCCGUGGGGUAAGGAGCAUCCUGAUCCACGAGCAGCUGGCCCUCUUCCUCCUGGAUGCCCCGUUCUUUGGCACGCAUAUUUCACCCAUCUGCUUGCCUCUUCAGGAGUCAGUUUUUAUCGAGGAGUCCUGCCGGACCAUUGGCUGGGGACAACCCUCCCAGAGUUUAUCCUUGACCAACCAAUCGGAUAUCCUGUGGUUCAGGAACUACGCCGUCAUGACCCGUGAAGACUGCCGCGCUGAACUGCCACCGGAAUCGUAUUCCGAUACGAAUAUUCUUUGUGGAGCCGAUUUGUUUAACGAGUUCAGCCCCCACAACGUUGGAGGCGGACUUUUCUGUUUUGUUGGGCGAUACGUCCUGGCUGGACUCGCAUUAUCGGGAAAGGACUGGGAACCAGAUACUAGACCCGCUCUAUUUCUCAACAUUUCCCCAUACGUGGAUUGGAUCAAAGAUGAAUUGGUAUUAAGAAACUUUACUCUGUAAAAAGAUUGUUCUAUACUAUUUUGUAAUUAGUAAAACUCAUGAAGGCUUUGUGUCACAUCAUAAGUAAUUCACAGAAAAUAUUUUCCAAUCACCCAGUUCAUGUAACAAAUCAAUCAUAAAUUCAUAAAGCCAGAAUUUCGACCUACAUAUGUACUUGAACGGGAUUAAACGCAAGCAAAUACAUAAAUAACCGCUCUCUUACUGGGAACUGAAACCAAAGCGGGUCUGAUUCGCGUAUUAAAUUAGCGGCUGGUGACGAUCUAUCCACAAUCGCAUGCUUAUCACACACUUAUUUUACCGCAUACACGCAUAUCAGCUUUUGUUGAGUUCACGGAACUGAUGACGCAUAACUUUUACUGAAAAAACCGAAACAGCGACGAGAAUGUGAAACUCAAUUCGUUGACCGGGUGCCUUUUUUGCUUUUUCGGUGAAACCGAAAGCUAUUUCAAUGUGCUGGUCGCCUGUUCUAUUAGCAAACUAUUUAAAAUGUUUUAAACUUUUCCAUCCGAAUUGUUGUUAAAUUUUGAUAUAAACAAAAUAAAAACAUACACACCCAGGGGCGACCGGCACUUGUUUAUGAUCGAGGCAGCGGAGCGUAUGCGUAAUAUGUACAAACGUGUGUACGGAAAGCGUACUAAAUUGCCCUUUUGUUGUUGCUCUCCUCGCUGUUUGCCGUCCCUCUCACAUCCAUUGGGAGACUACGGCGUAACGGUGAAUCCGUAAGCUUCUAGGAAAUACGGUAUUAUUUUGUACUAAUUCGAAUAGGCGAGCAGCGUUUAAAAGCAUGGCGAUGUCUACCCACUGAUAAGUGGCAAUAUGACUGAAUCCACACUCGCACACUACCGACAUACGCUCGUUCAUACACCGAUAUGGGUUUGUGUUCAGAUACUGAUUGUGUGCGCACGUGUAUAGAAAUAUAUGUAUAUAUAUGUACAUAUGUAUUUAUCUGUUUGCUUUUUAUACCAAUGGGGGUCUGGCACUGGGCUAAUUUGCUUAUUGGCACUCUCACAAAGCUUUAGACUAAUUUGUUUAACAAAAGAGCACUGAAAAAAUCUGUGGCAAUCUUGUUGACGAAGCUGUUUUGAUAAAGUAUUUCAAAGUUCUAAGUUGCUUAUAAGGCUUGUCUUACUCAUAUUUUAUUCAUAACAAAUAUACACUUACUCAAAAAUUUUGGGAAAAUAUCUAGUCGGCUAUAUGGUGAAUAAAAACAAACAAACAAACACAGAAAAAACAUGAUUUCAGUUUUCGUAUACACAAUAUUUUUUAAACUCGUUAAUUUAAGGCUUGUAGUUCUCUUAUUAUAAGAGAACAAAAUGACUAGGGCAUUGCUUUAAAUCUAAUCUUAAACUGCCCUAAUGUUAUUUAAGUUCAUAAUUACUGUUUUCUCCAAGUGCACAGUAAAAAUCACAUUUAUCCAAAACGUAAGUACUUCCACCAGAUCACUGAACGCCUGGGAUUUUGGAUAAAUGGUCAGCGUGGAGGAGCUGAUUUCUAGGCUCCCCGGAUACAAAAUGUAUUUGAAGCUAUUGCGCAACGACCGACUCGGAAAUUGGGAAUUCUAGGGCUGGUGCCGACAUCAUUCUCGAUCUCUUUAUAGCUGUGUGUGUCAUAGCUUAUGAGCGGGGUAUCUGCCCCUCCGCUGACGCCCCCCGUGCUCCAUAGCUCUGUUACACAAGUCAAAUUCAACCUUGGCACUUAUUCACUCAAGUGGAGGAGCGUGCAAGAUGCACUCGACAAACGGCUUUCAAACGGUUUCUGGGCGCUUGGUAUAAAAAGUUUAUGAUUUCGUAUUUAACAAAAAAAUAAUGUUUUUUGCAUGAGGGGUAGGCGAUCAUUAAAGUUUAUAAACAUUUCCAGCGCUGCUCUUGCUUUUUCGGGCGUCUUCUUUGGAAAACUAUAAUUUAAUGACUCUUAGCUGCUGGGAUAUAGUCAUGAAUUUUGUCGGUCUGAGUAAAAAUUUGUUGCUUCGUAAUUUAAAUACAAAGUUUAGUGUGGCUACCAUGCAAUAAGCUACAGGAAAACUUCGAUAUUGUGAAGAAGCACAAUAAUUGAUCUACAAUUUACUAAUUCUUAACUGAAAGUUACAGCUUUUAGAUCAAGCAUCAACCCCACGAUGGGUUUUCCUUUUUAGUUUUGUCAUUUAUUUUUUUAAUUUAUGUGCUGAGAAAGUAAGAAUAUUUUUUUCUCUAUGUAGUGCGUACUGUGGAACUGAUUGCUGAGGGAAGCAAAAGUGUAAGUGUGUCAGCAGCGGUUUCUCUGCCGCUGAACACGAGCAACUCGUUUCUCGCUCUCAUUGCACUCACCCUCUCACUCAGACGCAAUAGUCGUUCGCUUGCGGUUUCGCUCACACCACCAACUGCGGUCUCUCUCACUCACCCACCACCGUGGCGGUCAACGAUCUCCGAAAUUUGGAGCCCGGGUUCGUUGACCCGCCGAAAAAAAGCACUACUUUUACAGAGUCACGCGCUGAGUUUGCUGAUCGCCUGGCUGGCGCAACAGACGUCUGAUUUUUCUUUCAAUCGUCGAUCGUUGGGUGCCAGUGCUUUCGGUGGUGCUGGUGGAGCCCUCGGUGGGUCAGGGACGGGCCCUGAACGUGACACCGUUGGCGGCCACUCAACUCAACUUGAAGCGUCAAACCUUGGGCCAACCGAGGUCAGCGAACGCGCCCAAAAAAGUGGGUCAGCGAAGAGCAUCCAACGCGCAGCCGUCCGGAUGGAAUUCACUUUCGUUUUUUAUGUAGAAAUCGAUAGCCGGCUUUGCUCGACGACCAGGCGAGCAGACAGAGCUAGUCAACGAAACGUAUCUGAAUCCACACUGCGUUUGUAUCUGCGAAUGUAUCUGUAUCUGCCACGCACAGUGGACCGAAGCAACAAAGAAACAUUCACAUUGUGUGUGUAUUGAAAGUUCACAUUUGAGAUAUAUGGAUCAGUAUAUAAAAAACGCAUGCAAAUAACUUAAAUUUUUUUUUUUUUAAUUUUAGUUUGAAUAUGUUGACUUUUAUUUGGUUCUGCAUUUACAUACAUAUUAAUGUCUUACGCUAAAUCAGCUUAUAGCUGAUCUCAGCUUUAUAUAACAUUUAUGUAAUACUACUACACAGAUACUUAGCUCCGCAUUCUUAAAAGACUUAUAUAGCUACACUGGAAAUAAUCGUACACCUUGUUUUGUUGUUUUAUUAUUGUUUCACAAGUGAAAUAAAAUAAAUCCACCCGAACCGAGCUCCCCCAAACAUUGUUACGAUUUUAUCAAAGCAUCGAUGUGACACUGUGCGGCGGUGGAUGAGUUGAGCUCAUCGCCACCACCGCCUUCACUUUCGCUUUCAAAUCAUGAUCGAUAAUAUAGGGGCAGCGAGUAACAGGCCAACAUAAUGCCAAGUGGCUCGCUUUUCAGUUCCAGUUGGCCGUUCGCUUCUGGUGGCCUCGUUUUCCAAUCGCUGCCUUUUUGGUUUCGUUGUGUUUCGUUUUUUUUUAUUUGUGUCAAAACUAAAGCAAUGAUUGUGAACAGGGAGGGGCGAUUGAAAGCGACGUCCAGAGCAGGUCGCUUGUAAUGCUGGUUUUAAUGCAGCGCUGAAGUGGCAACACGGUGUGGAGCAUCGGCGAGGGAUUCCGUGAAAUCAGGUGCAAGCAACAUGACCUUAGGACUGGAGUUAUGACUUUGGAUACAAAGUCAAGUCAAGUCUGCAAGAUGGGCAUUGCAAGUAACAACAGUAACAACGAUACGACAGAAACGUAGGCAAGGAUAUCAAUGAGCUAGCUACCUAAAUUGGGGAAGUAGAUAAGUUGCUACAAGUAUAAAGCUUCAUCUGGUAUAUAAUUUUCAUAAUGAUCUUUUUGGAAAUUUAUAGCUGAGAACUUCGUAUUCAACAUUGAGUUCAUUUUCUGUUCACGUUUAGCAGCUGAACCGGGGAUAAUGGCGCCUGUAUGAAUUAGAACAAGACUAAUAAUGCUUCUUACUAUUCAUAGUUCAAAAUUACUUCUACGUGUCCGCACACCGAGCUCAAUACUCAAUAUUAUUUACUAUAAUUACCUACUCUUAUCCAGUGCCCUUUGAAUUUUCAUGGACUCCUUUCCGAUUCAUUUGCAGUUGUUAUUAUUAUUUUUUUUUUUCCAAACCGAUCCCCGCUUCUGGUUUUCCAAGGUUUUCCAGUUCGAUCGAGACGACGAGCCCAAGGUUUCCUUAAGUUAAAUACGUUUGCCGCCAAGUUGGCAGCAGCGCUGUUGGCCCUCUUCUGUUGGCCUGGCCAAAAUAGAACAGCAACGGUUUCUAAAUAGUCUUUCUAUGCUCGCACGCUCACAAUUCCCCGUCCCAAGAGGUACCCUUCUCACCAUUCGGCAAAACAAAUAGUGCUCUGUUUACGCAAAUUUGUGCUGGCCAACAAACGGCGGCCGGCUAGAAAAGCCGGCAAUAUGGAUGAGAUUAGUUUUUUCGUACUAUUUCGAUCCGGCGUUCAGCGAUGGAAAAAAGCAGCUGCCAAGCAGACGGGGCAGCAUGAAAUUUUUAUGCUGAUAUGAAACAACAAAACGAAACGACAACGCGCACCUUACGCAGCCAGUGCCAUUAAAAUCAACGUGAAACAACAAUUAGCAUUCAAGGUUAACCAGAAACGAACCGCGAACAGUCGACGACGAGCUGAGUUGCCAACUGGGGACCGACCAGCAAUUGUUUAAACAGACCCCACGUUGGGCCCCUAGAAACCGGUUACUGUUUCUUUUUUUCCCAUUUAGUAUUAACAAUUUAUAAAUAGGAACAAGCAAGUCCUGGUUACUAGCCACUUGGCUCGUAGAUGAUUGAAUAUGUUGAGCGAGGUUUUGGCAUAAACAAAAAUACCUAAUAAAUAUGUUCGAAAAAGCAACAAA